AUGUCUAUAUUACAUUCAAUAAGUAUUAAUUCUUCAUCAUCAACAGCUACAAUGACAACAUUAUCACCUACUGACCUUCCAAAUGAUUCAUCAAAUAUUCUCUAUGAAAAUCGAGAACAUUUUCAAUCCAUUUUUUCUAAUGAUUCUCGAUUUUUUGAUACGAGUCUUCAUUUAUAUAAAUCUUAUUGUACAUUAGGUUAUAUUCAAGCAGAUGAUGAAAAACCUAAAAAAUUACAUAUUCCUUUUCUACCAAUAACAUCAAAUGGAUAUAGACAUCGUUGGAAAUCACGAUUAUUAGGUUUAACUCAUAAUGAUGAUAAUUCUAAUGGAACAAUACGAGCUCUUUUAACACCAACAUUAUUAAGAAAAAAUGAUCAUUUAACUCGUAAUCGAACUGGUUCAGGUUCUAUUAAUGAUGAAACAAUAAAUCAUCAUCGAAAAUCAUCAAUGAUCGUUCAAUAUCAACCAUCGACAAUAUCAGUUGUUAAUAAUCCUAAUAAUGACACAACCGAUGAAUCUGACGUAGUUAUAACAAGAUUAUGA